CAUGAUUAGGUAGGGGGAUUUAGUUAAUCCGAUAGGAACAGAACUCCAAGUUGAAUGCCCCAUUCGUCCAAGUCCCAAUCAGUGGCAUAUUGUAAUUAUGUACAAUACUGGUGUCAUUCAACGCGCACGCCCACAUAUAACCCCUCGAUCUCACGAGUUUCCCAAGUUUGAAUACCAGCCAUUUGUUUUCGUCUUCCGUAUUUUCCCGGUAAAAUUACAACUGGAGCAAGGAAUAAACCAUAUGAAAUGUCCAGAAUAUCCCUAUCCGUUCCUAAAAUUCUAUACCCUUUUUUGCUCUUCGUCCUCAUCUCCAUACCCUUGGAUGUAAUUUCCCAGUCUUCAGACACCGAACAAUCCAUCCUACUGAACCUGAAACAGCAAUGGGGCAAUCCACCGUCCAUCCAGGCCUGGAGCUCAUCAACGUCACCCUGCGAUUGGCCGGAGAUCAGCUGCACCGAAGGCAUGGUCACCGAAAUUUCACUCGCCGACAAAAAUAUAACGGAGAAAAUCCCGGCGACAAUCUGCGACCUCAAGAACCUCACUAAGCUGAACCUGACAUGGAAUUUCAUCCCUGACGAAUUUCCAAAAGCUCUAUACAAUUGCUCGAAGCUCCAAAUCCUCGACCUUUCACAGAACUAUUUCGUUGGUCCACUUCCCGAAGAUAUCGACCGCCUUUCCUCUCUCCAAUACUUGGAUGUCGGCGGCAACAAUUUCUCCGGCGAUAUCCCGGCGGCCAUUGGAAAUUUGACGGAGUUGAAAGAACUGCAUAUGUAUCGGAAUCUAUUCAACGGCACGUUGCCCAGAGAGAUUGGAAACUUGUCCAAUCUUGAAGUUCUAAGCAUGCCUUUCAACGAGCAGUUAGUGCCAGGUCCGAUACCACCAGAAUUGGGAAAAUUAGAGAAAUUGAAGUUCUUGUGGAUGAAAAGGUCGAAUCUGAUCGGAUUUAUUCCAGAAGGUCUUACCAAGCUUCAGAGCCUGGAGCACUUGGAUCUUUCAGGUAACAAUCUGGCGGGUACAAUUCCAAGCGGAUUGUUCACGUUGAAGAAUUUGAGGUGGUUGUAUCUAUUCAAGAACAGAUUUUCUGGGGAUAUACCGAGAACAAUUGAAGCUCUGAACUUGGAAGAGAUUGAUCUUGGUAUAAACAAUUUGACAGGUUCAAUUCCAGAAGACCUCACAAAGCUACAGAAUUUGACGAUUUUGAGUCUGUUUUGGAACCAACUCUCUGGUCAGAUUCCCGUGGGUUUAGGCCUGCUACCGAACCUGAAGAACUUUCGCCUUUUCCACAACAAAUUGAAUGGAACUCUGCCUCCGGAACUAGGCCUGCAUUCGAAGCUCGAAUCAUUCGAGGUCGCCAACAAUCAACUAAUCGGUCAGCUACCAGAAAAUCUAUGUGCUAAUGGAGUUCUGCAAGGAGUGAUUGCAUUCUCAAACAAUCUUAGCGGGGAAUUGCCUGAAGGGCUUGGGAAUUGUAGCACUUUGAGAGCGGUUCAGCUUUACAUGAACAACUUUUCUGGUGAGGUUCCUCCAGGCCUUUGGUUGACACUGAAUUUGUCAAGCUUGAUGCUGGGUGACAACUCUUUCUCCGGCCAACUUCCCAGCAAGUUAGCUUGGAAUGUGAAGCGGCUCGAAAUUAGUAACAACAGAUUUUCUGGUGAAAUUCCUGCCGGAAUCUCUACUUGGGAAACUAUGAUCGUUUUCAAGGCUAGCAGUAAUCUGUUCACAGGGCAGAUUCCGAUCGAAUUGACGAGCCUUUCUCAGUUGACAACUUUAUCUCUUGAUGGUAAUCAACUUUCAGGUGAAUUACCUUCGCAAAUAAUAUCAUGGAAGUCUUUAAAUACUCUGAAUCUGUCAGGAAAUGAACUGUCAGGCCAGAUUCCAGUGGCUAUUGGUUCUCUACCGGACCUCGAUUAUUUGGACUUGUCCAUAAAUCAAUUGUCAGGUAUAAUUCCUUCUGAACUAGGCAAUUUGAAGCUUAGCUACCUUGAUUUGUCUUCCAACAAGCUUUCUGGGAAAAUCCCGAGUGAGUUCGAUAAUCUCGCAUACGGAAGCAGCUUCUUGAACAAUUCCAAUCUAUGCUCCAAUGGUCCAUUUCUAGACCUUCCAAAAUGUUACAGCAAACUCCAUGUCUCCAAGAAGCUAUCCUCCCCGGUCCUCGCCAUCAUUUUGAUCCUUGUCAUCGUCGUAUUUCUAGCCACUGUUGUAUUGACCUUCUACAUGGUGAAAGAGUACCGAAGAAAGAAGCACAGCCAGGACCUGAAAACAUGGAAGCUCACAUCAUUCCACAGAUUGGAUUUUACAGAAUUCAACGUUUUAACGAAUUUAACAGACAAUAAUAUCAUUGGAUGUGGAGGAUCGGGGAAAGUGUACCGGAUAAGUACCAACCGUCAGGGUGAAUAUGUUGCUGUGAAAAGGAUUUGGAACGACAGGAAAUGGGAUGAGAAGCUGGAGAAGGAAUUCUUAGCAGAGGUUGAGAUACUGGGCACAAUCAGGCAUUCAAAUAUCGUCAAGUUGUUGUGCUGCAUUUCGAGCGAGAAUUCGAAGCUCCUCGUAUACGAGUAUAUGGAAAACCAUAGCCUGGAUAAGUGGCUUCAUGGGAAGAGGAGAAAAUCGACGUCAGGAAUGACCGGUUUUGUUCCUCAUGUUGUUUUAGACUGGCCAACAAGGAUGCAGAUUGCAACUGGGGCCGCACAAGGCUUGUCUUACAUGCACCAUGACUGCUCUCCCCCAAUCAUCCAUAGGGACGUCAAGUGUAGCAAUAUCUUGUUGGACUCUGAAUUCAAAGCAAGAAUAGCAGAUUUUGGGCUGGCAAAGAUAUCGACCAAGCAUGGAGAACCUAACACCAUGUCUAGUAUUGCAGGCUCCUUUGGUUAUAUAGCCCCAGAAUAUGCUUAUACAACAAAGGUGAAUGAGAAGAUCGAUGUGUACAGCUUUGGAGUUGUUCUCCUAGAACUGGCAACUGGAAAGGAAGCAAAUAGCGGUGAUGAGGACACUAACUUAGCGGAAUGGGCGUGGCAGCAUUACGGUGAUGAAAAGCCCAUUACAGAUGCUUUGGACGAGGAGAUUAAGAAACCCUGCUACUUGGAAGAGAUGACAACUCUAUUCAAACUGGGACUUAUCUGUACAAGCACAUUGCCAUCGUCACGACCUACAAUGAAAGAAGUUUUGCAGAUUCUUCGUCGCAACGGUCCUUCAGAAGCUUACGAAAUAAACAAGGUAGGGAGGGAGUUUGAUGUUACUCCCCUCCUUGGCCUUGGCAAUGCCAAGUACCUUGCUAGUUAUAGACACAGCAAGAAGGUAUCACAUGAGGAGGAUGACAGCUUGGAAUUAAGCGUCUGACGUACUAAAUUAGCUGCAAAGAAAAUCCAAUUUUCCAUAACCAUUGAGAAGGCAGCCCUUCAAUAUAAUUUUUGUUCUGGAAAAUCAUAUUUGUAUCCUCUGUAUAUUUUUUCUGGCCGAUUAUAUAGGAUUUGAAGUCUCAAUUUUGCAGUCAA